AUGGACAAUCAUCCAGAUCAUCCUUCUCAUGACGCAUCGGCGGCAGCAGAGAACAAGCCCAUCGAUUCCGCCAACACAAGAAGAGACUACGACAGCCGCGCUCUUGAAGCUCCCCAGCUUUACCUCGAGGAACCAAAAUAUCCUGCCACCAACACCUGGACCACCACCGCCCCCGAGGCCAUCACAUCCAACGACAAAGAAGUCUCCUCUUCCCAGCAACCACCUCACGCAACACGCCACAGACGCAUCCUCGGCUGCACUCCCACAACAUUCGCCCUCCUCACCCUUCUCAUCAUCAUCCUCAUCGGCGCCGCGGUCGGCGGUGGCGUAGGUGGACAUCUCGCAACCGCAAACCAACCCACUACAACCAUCACCUCCACCGUGACAGCGAACCCCGACCCCACCUCCCACUCGCCCUCUUCCUCCCCCAACACCACCACCGCAACCGCAACAGCCACCCUCCCCUUCCACUUCACCCUCUACGCCUCGCCGUCCUUCACCGGCUCUGCACAGAACGUGUCGGCCGCCGGCAACGUGUCGCUGCCGUGGCGGGCGCGCAGCUACGUGUGGGACCAGCAGGGCAGCGGCUGCUGCGCGCUGUUCUGCCGCGAAGGGCGCGACGUCGGCUACCGGUGCAACGACGUGACGUACCAGGACGACGUGAGCGGCGGCGGCGUCGACGGUGUGGCGGUGCAGUGCGGCGGGAAUGAGGAUGGCGGGAAGGCGCCGCCGGGGGUGUGGUGUGAGGGGAAUUGA